UUUUAAUCAUAUAAUUUUCCAAAGCUUAUACGCGAUUGUCGAUCUCGAAUCCUUUUUCUAACCCUAACGUUGUAAGGAACGACGAACAAAUUUUAUAUUAAUUUUUAUGUAACGUUAACAGAUGCACCGGAUGUGACAGGCAGCGUAAUAACCCUUAAGGUUAAGUGACAUUACGCUUUUUAAUAUAUUUGAUUGUUUUUUUUUUAAAUCGGUAAACAAUUUUGGAACGAUGCCAACACCAAAUUCCAUAAGCGUAGCCGUAAUAUGUUCUAGCAAUAUGAAUAGAAGCAUGGAAGCUCAUGCCUUCUUGAGUAAAAAGGGAUUCAACGUAAAAUCUUUUGGAACAGGUGAUAAAGUUAAGCUUCCUGGAAAUGCACCUGAUCGUCCAAACAUAUAUGACUUUGGAACUUCAUAUGAUGAAAUAUAUAAUGAUCUUUUAUCAAAAGACAAGCAAUAUUAUACGCAAAACGGUUUAUUACACAUGCUGGAUAGAAACCGUAGAAUAAAGCCCAAACCAGAACGAUUUCAGUUAUCCAAGGACAAAUUCGACAUUUUAAUCACUUGUGAAGAGCGCGUUUAUGAUCAAGUAAUUGAAUGCAUGGAAUCUAGAACUCAGGAGGAUAGUCAACCAGUACAUUUGAUUAACAUUGACAUCCAGGAUAAUCACGAAGAAGCUACAGUUGGAUCAUUUCUCAUUUGUGAAUUAGUCACUGUGCUAGCAAACAGUGAGGACUUGGAUAACGAUAUAGACGAACUACUUCACGAAUUUGAGUCCAAAUUUGCAAGAACAAUCUUGCAUACGGUACUGUUUUAUUAAAUAACAUGCUGCAUACCAAGAACUUGGUGUUCAUCAACGACUUUAGUUAUAAAAGCAAACUAAAUUAUACGUUAUAAAUGUACCACCACAUUCUCUGACUCAGAUCAUGUGAAGCGAAUUCCACUUUUUCGCAACAAGUAAAAAUUUGAUCCGCGCUUCCUAUUUAACGAAAUACUGCUUUCCACGGAGAUCGUUUUAGAGACCUGCCAUACUAUAUCUGUAAUUCAUGGCAAGAUAUACAGAAAUAAAAUUACUGGAGUCGUUCCGAUUUUCGAAACACUAGUAUUAGAGGGAUUAAAAAAGAUUGAAAAAUAAAGAAUACAAAUUAUGAAAUAUUUUAAUUUUAUAAUAUAUACACAUAUAAGUACAACAGCAAACUAUUCUUAUAUGCGUAUGUAUUUCAUUGUUAGAAUAUUUGUGGUACAUAGAAUUUAUAUGAGUCUCUGAUGCGUUUAUAAAUUCAGAGGCUUGUAUAUUACGAAAUAUUACGAUUCGCUGUUAUAUAGCGAAAAGGCCUUCAAUUCUCAUAAUACAUUAAUAAAUAUUCGUAAAAU